UGGAAAACUCAGGACAAACAACUAACACAGAACAGAAAACAUCCAGGUAACGACACACGGUGUUGAGAAUCAAGUGUAUGUAAACUUUUGAGCUGGUUCAUUUGUGUAAAUUCAGUAAUUAUUGUGUCUUAUGGAAGAUAUGUCAACGUCUGUCAUGUGAAUUAGCUUAUUCAGGGCAGAACUAAAUAAACAACAACAUGCAAUUUCUAUGACUUCUUUUUUUUAAAAAAAAUUAUUAUUAACAUUUUGUAGAUUCCGCAAGGCGUAUGUAAACUCGUGACCUCAACAGCAGCUGGGUGUACGUGGUGCACAGACUUUUGAGAAGGUCUGGUACUGAUAGCAACAUUUUAAAAAUAAGAAGACUUGAGAGGCGAUGCUCCGACUUCACUUGAUCCCGCAGAGGAAUGUCGAGAGCCAUGUUCUUCAAAGAAAAUGAAACUGGUGUCAAAUCCAGACAUAGAAAAGCCUGUGUGUGUGUGUGUGUGUGUGUGUGUGCGUGUGUGUGUGUGUGUGUAGUACUACCCUUUGAUAUUCUGAUACCUCCUCUGCUCAGAGAGAGGAGGAUCCACGGCAUGCUUUACUUCAGACCAGUUGCUGAAUGGAACACGAGCGGAGCAGCAGCGUCUUCUCUCUCUCUCUCUUCUCUCUCUCUCUCUGUCUCAAUGAGAACACACUUCCCUCACAUCUGUCCAUUAUUUUUGCACGGAUAUACUGCUUAUUCCACGCACGAGAGGAACAUUUUCCUGGAUUAUACCGUAUUAGAUUUAAAAUCUGGAUUACCGGAUCACGUUAAUUUAAGGCUGAAACCCCGGGACUGCGUUGUGUUUAGACCUCAACUCCGCACGUUUCUUCACUGUUUUUUUUUCUUUCUUUUUUUUUUGCGGCGUGAUGAAAAUAUGGUACGAACGUGAAAUGCAUGGUUUGUGUGUGUGUGUGUGCGCGCGCGUGUAUGUGUUGCUAUGACAACUGCUUCGAAUGCCUUGUCUUUAGAUAUAGUUUGAUACUUUGUAUUAUAUUAGUAAGGAUUGUUGAGCUGCAUUGCAAGUUUUCAUUUGCAGGCUGUUUAUGUGUUUAUCUCGCGGCUAUUAUGUUCACCCAUGACUACAGUGCACGAAUGUUUUUGUUUAUAGGUUGGAGGUGUGUUAUUAGGCUAAAACUCUUUGAUCUCCCUGAGUAGUACCACUUGAUCACUGUUUCUAAGCAACAUGGCAAGUUCAAAAAGUUUAGAGAUGCACUUUUUAGGAGUGACGGUCAGGACGAUACUGUGCAUCAUCGCGAUAUUUCAUGUUGGGAUUUAGUAUAUCGAUAACGAUAUGCACAAGGAAAGCGGUGUGUCUAACACGCUUGUGUCUCAUGAGGCUCUGAGACAAAACCAAAAACAAGCAGCGCUUUCUAUAAGAUAAGGAGACACUUGAUAGUCUGUUAUAUUUUCUGACAGUGAAGCAAUGAGUCAUUUUGACUUCUUGUAUUGACCUAUGAAUCACAUGUAGGGUCACUUUAAGGGGUGCUAUAACAUCUGUCUCAUCUGUCCUACACCCUAUAUCAGCUAAGGUAGCCUACACGACUAUAAAACAGCUCAAUUGUGAUUCUUUAGUAAAUUGAAUGACAUAACAAGGACAUAACGGGGAUGUUUGGAUUAAAAGAGAUGGAUAGAGAGCGGGUUUGACUCACUCUGUUGAGUCCAAACGAUCAGUCCACAUCUGUCACACUGGUUGGCAGAAGAGAAAAAAGUUUUCUUGUAGCCUUAUGGAUGGAUCAUGGGCAAGCAUUUCUCUGUGCAUUGACAUUUACCUGUCUCGAGAUCUUCUGAUGUUAUUUAAUAAAUGCUCAACAUUGCUCACGCGCCCUUCGAAGUGUUUCUGAAGUGAAACUCGAUGUGUUUGUGUUACAGAGACGCUCGACGCUGCUCGGCUCCGGUCGCCCCUGAGAAGUGAUCCGAGGUGCACUUACAGGCGCGCGGAGAGGACAACGGAGCCAUGAGUCGCGCGCUCAUUGAGCCCGUGACCACCAGCUUCCGGGAAGACGCGCCCCGUCCACCGGUACCGGGAGAAGAGGGUGAGGAGGAGGCGGCGUCGUCGUCGUUGUCGCGUUGCGAUCCGUCCGCCUAUAUGAAAAUCAAGAACGCGGUGAAAUCGGCGCGCGCGCCGCGGAGGGAUGAGGACGGCCUGGGCGAGCCGGAAGGGAGCGCGUCGCCAGACUCGCCGCUCGCACGGUGGACCAAGUCGCUGCGCUCGUUGCUGGCCGACCAGGACGGCGCGCACCUGUUCCGGACUUUCCUGGAGCGUGAGCGUUGCGAGGACGCGCUCGACUUCUGGUUCGCGUGCAACGGCUUUCGGCAGAUGGACCUGCAGGACGCUAAGACGCGCCGCGUGGCGCGAGCCAUUUACAAGCGCUACGUGGAGGGUCGCGGCGUGGUGGCCGAGCACCUGCGUGCAGCGACGCGCGCCUGCAUCCGCGAGAGCGUCAAGAAGCAGCGGAUCGAGCUCCGCAUGUUCGACCAGGCCCAGACUGAGAUCGAGGGCGGACUGGAGGAGAGCGCCUACCGCGCUUUUCUCACCUCGGACAUUUACCUGGACUACGUGCGCUCCGGCGGCGAGAACGCGGCGUGCGCCGGCCACGCCCACGCGCAUGGCGGCCUGGCGAGCCUCGAGCUUGUGUGCGGCUACCUGCCGCCGCUAAUCGAGGACAAGGAGUGGAGCUGCGGCGAGCUGAAGGCCAAAGCGCUGGCGGCUGUGGUCGGGCUGUCUGCCGAGACGCUGCGCGCCACCAUGACUCUGCGCACCGCAGACUGCAGGGCUCAGAAACGAGGAGACCCGGCCAGUCCGUAUUUUGUGAACUCGGGUCAUGUCGUGGCUCCAGCCAGCAGCGCUAACGACAGCGAGGUGUCCAGCGACGCCACCACUGACGACUCCAUGUCCAUGACCGACAGCAGUGUGGACGGGAUCCCGCCAUACAAGCUGGGCACGAAGAAACAGCUACAGCGGGAGAUGCACCGGAGCGUCAAGAUCAACGGACAAGUUUCGCUCCCCCACUUUCCGAGGACGCAGCGACUGCCGCAAGAGAUGGCUCCAGUGAAGCCGUCUGCGUUUGCGGCAGAGCUGAUCGCCCGUCUGGAGAAACUGAAGCGCGAGCAGGACACGCUCAGCUCUCUAGAGGAAAGGUUACAGCAGAUACAGGAGGAAGAAGAACGAGAUGACAGUGAAUUACCUGUAGUCGUGUCCCAGCCGCCUCCCGCUGCUCUCAGCCUCCUCUCCUCCGGAUUGUGCGAUGAAGACCCUCAAGCCAUUCUGGAUGAGCACCUCUCCAGGGUCCUAAAGACCCCAGGGUGCCAGUCCCCUGGCAUACCAGGCUACUCGCCUCGCUCCCGUUCCCCAGACCAUCAUCAUCAGCAAGGCUCUACCCCCAAUCUCUUACCUAGUAUGCACUGUUCUGUACCAUCCAAGACACCCGUGAUGGCUCCCCAGCCCUCCACCAAGCACAUCCAUCACCACUACAUCCACCACCACCACUCUGCUUCACCCAAGAGCAGGGAGGAAAUGGAGGCCGAGGCGGCGCACCGAGUGGCGCAGUGUCUAGGCUCCUCCGGGUCAGAUUACUGCUACCAAAGGUGCCACAACUCAGCCGAUCUUCAACAAGGGCGUACCAGCACGUUGUCUAAGCGUCCCAGUAAUAUUAGUGAUGGAAUGAGUGGUUGCAAGUCAAGCGAAGAGGAAAGCAGCUCACCUCUGCUCCCCAGAGACGGUAUAGUCCGAUCACAUAACGUGUGGCAGUGGAUCUUGGAAAGUGAGAGGCAGAACAGGCACAAACCUCACGGUUCUCAAGGCCUGAAGAAGGUGCACCCAAGCGACUUGUCUUCUAAGACGCCCUUAUGGGGUGGUGGAGGAGUAGGUGGUCAUGCUCGAGCACACCAUCCGGGUCACCCGUUCGUCCAGGAUCCCACUAUGCCGCCUCUCUCUCCACCAAACACUCUCACACAGCUCGAAGAAGCCUGCCGAAGACUGGAAGAAGCCUCCAAACCCACUAAACAAAGACACUCAGCCUCCAGCCUGCAGAAAGAGAGAGUGCAUCCGUCUCUUUUCUCCAACAGCAGCUCGCCUCUCAUCAGCCCUGCCCUGCAGAUGGACGAGUGGAAGGAGCAGCGGCGGCUGAGUGCCGGACACUCCAGCGCCCACUCUGGCUCGGAGCUGGUGGUCACCUAUUUCUUCUGUGGCGAGGAGAUCCCUUACCGCAGACUCAUGAAGACCCACAGCCUCACUCUCGGCCAUUUCAAAGAGCAGCUCCGCAAGAAAGGCAACUACAGGUACUACUUUAAGAAGGCCAGCGAUGAGUUCGAGUGUGGUGCCGUGUUCGAGGAGAUCUGGGAGGACGGCACGGUGUUGCCUAUGUACGAAGGGAAGAUCCUGGGAAAAGUCGAGCGCAUGGACUGAGCACAUCUCGCCAUCCGGCCAGCCGAUUGCUGUACACCUUUUAACAGUUAUCAAGCGCCGGGAAAACAAAUGAACUUCCACCAUCCAAACACGCUGUCAGCAGGAACUUCAGAAACAAAGCUAGCCGUCCAUCAGACAUCAGGCGAACAGACUCCUUUGGCACAAAUGUGUGCCUUUUUAAAGCUACCUAGAGUUAAUAUAUUUGAAGAAAAGAAAAAAAAGACCAACUGGGAUUUGAUGAAGCGAUUGAAGGAACAAUAAUAACCAAUGAAGAUGAGCACAAGACCUUUUUUUUUCGAACCACUCCGCCUUAGAAAACAAUUUUGAGCUGCUGCAUGGAAAUAAAACCAUUGAAGGUGCAGAUUAGUUCAUUACUCUGCAGCAAGUGGACGGAGCCUAUAGUGCAUCAUCUGCUUUAUCUAUUGAACUCUGAAACAUCUAUACAUGCAUAUAUACAUACACGCCUAUGUGUAUAUAUACAUGUGUCCUUGGAAGAUGUUUUUAUUAUCUGUUUUUUUUUUUUAAAGUAUUUAUUGAACUAUAUUAUCCCAUUUUUCCUGACUCUCACGUCCACCGAAAGGACACGCUGCUUGAAACACACACACACACACACACACACACACACACACACACACACACACUCACACACACUCUUCCCACUCCUCUUAAAACACAUUUCUGAUCAUAAUUUGCUGCAAUGAAAGCUACCUGUGCAGUAACUACUUCUUAAGAGUUUCAUUACUAGACAUUAUUAGGUUCCCAUUGCCAGUAAAUUUCAUAAGAUCAUCAAGUCACUGUCAUAGCUCUCACUUUUAGCUGCUGAAUUGUCCAUAACUCGUCGUCCGGCCUCUACUGAACGCUCCAGUAUUAGUCAUGCAAGGUUACCAGGCUUAAGACAUGAUACUGGAGAUCUUAAAAAAGUAAAAAAAAAAUUAAGCGACCUUCAUGACUGAAAUUAUAGUCAUAUGGGCCGUCGAUUAUAGAAAGCUCUUCUUGUGGUGCCUUUGUUUGUUGGUGUGGAGUUUUUUUUUUGUUUGUUUGUUUUGUUUUUUUGUCUGUCUAAAGGAAUCGUAAGUGUAUUGGAAAUUGUAAUCGUAUGCCUGUUUCGCAAGUGCAAUCCUAAUUUAGGUUUUUAGAAUAUGAUUUCUAUUAUUAGAAAUGACUAUUGACAUACGAAUUUCACUUUGCAUUUACAACCUGCUGGUUAUAUUGCCUAGGCACACAAUUACAACUCUGGGAUUGUUACUAAUAGCAAGCUGAAGGUACCAAAAAACGGCAAAAUAAUUUUCCAACUUCUGUAUAAUCCCCUUUGUGAACCUGCUAAAUUGCUAGUGUUGAUAGCGCUGCAGUUACCAUAUAGAGCACGAUUAUCUAUACGUUACAGCUACACGCUAUCCGAGUGCAAACCGAGCAAUGUGAAUAAUAAUCUGUAAACAUACCGUAUGAAACGAAUCUCAAAUACGUUGCAAGUUACAAAUUCCGAUGCCCUGUAAGUCAUAAAAUUGUGAUUGUAUGAAUUGUGACAUAUCACUUUUGGCAGGAAAUGAACUCUAAUACAUUGCAAAAAUGUAUGCAACUUCAUAGGUCACAAUCACAGCUUACCAUAUCCAUACCACAUUCAUACCACAUUUUCUAAUAUAAUCUCAUACUGUAGGCCUAUAUUACGAACGCUCCUUUGUGAAGGGGGGGGGUUGGCGUGGGAGGGGGUUAGGGCACUAAAGUUUAUUUGAUAUCAGUGCAGCACCUGUGCCUACAUGGACCAUACCAUGUGCUACCCUGUUUCAGGGUGUUAUAUUCCCUUGGUUUUUAGAAGGGCUUUAUGUUUUGAAACACUUUGUAAGCUUUUAAUAAAUAUCAUUUACUUUGUUUUGUUUACUUCAUUUUAUCAAAUCUGUAAAUUAUACAUUAUACAAAGAGUUUUCAGUUAAAGAUUUUACUUUGAGCUAUAAUUAUUGUAAUUAUUAAAAGAUGUAGCUUUUAUUAAUAAAGUUUUAUAUUUUUCAAAUUAAAGAAGAAGAAAAAAAAAAAAAAAACCACUUGUAAUGGUCUUCAUUUACUUCUUCUAGAGACUUGGUUUGUGGUGUCGCUCCUGUCCUCAUCUCAACACUGUAACUGUUAAGAAAGU